AUGGCCAGUCACGCGGUUUCAUUCACUUCAGUGCCGGCAAAGCUGGUAGAACUAUUGACUCCCGAUCUGCCCUAUUCUCUGCCGUUGCUGAGGCGGUUGCAGUCUACAAAGUUCAACCAUGGAACCUCUCCUCAUGCGCGCAUCGUCUUUGUCUCCGAUAUCGAAUUGUCUUCGGAAGAGCAUGAUCAGUACAAGUCCAAGGCAUAUACCGCGGCCUAUUUGGACUUUUCUAAGCCGGAAACCCAGAUGUACAUCUACUCAACCCUAGAACACCCGCGCAAUAGAGACGACGCCAGUAACAGACGCUUAUAUGAACCGCAAUUGGUGGAAUUGGUGAAAGAAGUCAUCCGGCUGCGCAAUGAAUACAAGCAAGAAUUGCUCUUCACCAACCCGGAGCGCAUCCUGAUAGGGUCCCUGCACGCGGACAUUCGUUCCAUCCUGGAGAAGCUCGAGGGCCGCGUCGAGUCCCGGCCAUCAGGCCUGUUUGAUAAAUGGCUCAUGAGGAGGGAAGAGCUUCCUCUCUUGGAUGAAAAUCUCCCUCCUGGCAUGUACUGGGAUAGUGCCAACCUGGAUGACUGCCAGCUGGUUGUAUCUCGGACUGAUAUCCCCCGUACCGCCGCCGUGCUAUUGGCUGCUUGGACCGCGUUCAUCUCGGGAACUAAUCGGCAUCACCGCAGUCAGACGCUUGUUAACCUGCCGAAUCUGAUGAUUAAACGACAAGAUAAGACGCCAAUCGCGUGGGCGCUGCUGGGAACUGACGGAUCCCUAAUCAGCGUGCAUGUGGAAGAGCCGUAUAGACGACAAGGCCUGGCGAAGAAGCUAGCCGUGAAGCUGUUGCGAGAAAAAGCUACACGCUUCGGAGACGAUGGCUGGCUCUGCGCCGAUGUCAGUCCGUCAAACGUGAGCUCCCGGGCCAUGUGUAAAUCUCUCAAUGGAAAGCCGGACUGGGUGACUUCUUGGAUCUGCCUAAUCCUGUCCGAGACCGGGGAGUCCGCAAAGCCCCAGCAGGCCAAUUGA